AUGGCAGGAGUUGAUGCGGAAAUAUCACAAAAACGGGAAUUGUCAAUGACUGAUAGUGUAACACCGCUGGAAAGGAUCAGUGAGUUGGAAGAAGGUUUACUUGGUGUGCCAGAAUUACUGGAUGACAGCGAUGAAUUGUCGUCUGCAUCAUUAAUAGGGAUGGAAGACAGAAAUUCACUCUCAAGAUUCCUCAAUGACGCUAAAGAGGCUAAAGACUUCUUUAGAGUGGAUGAAAAUUAUGAUUGUAACAUUGCUCAGCAUGGAAAUACCACUCAGCAGAAUGCGGCGACAUUACAAUAG